GCAGUCUUCUCGAACAGGUCUCGACACGCUCUGAUAUAGCAGUCGGUACCGUGUUGGCGGCCAUCAUUGUGUCACCCCCCUGGGAAGCCGUCAGGGGACAGCCAUGUUCUUCUCUGGCCAGUCGAUCGCCAUGUCGCAGGCGGCGCCGGGCUGGUGGGAGGUGCUGGUCUACUCGGCGGUCCUGCUGCUGGCGGCGGCGGUCUACUGCCUGAGGACGUGGUUCAAGUGCGCGCUCGCGGUCUACCGCCUGCCCGGCCCGCCCUCCCUGCCGCUGCUUGGCCACGCGCACCUCGUCACGGACUACAAGGCCUUGAGAAACCUGGGUUCCAUCUGCCACCGCGUGUAUGGACCCUUAAUGAAAGUGUGGAUCGCUUUCUACCCAACAGUAUUUGUGAUCUCCCCUCACUGUCUGCAGAAAAUACUUAGCAGCAAUAAACACACCGAGAAGCUGUUCUUCUACAAACUGAUGGACAACUUCCUGGGAAAGGGCCUAGUAACCAGCGGAGGAAGCACGUGGCGCCUGCACCGGAAGCUGCUGCAGCCGUCCUUCAAGCAGAGCGUGCUGGAGCAGUUCCUGCCGGCCUUCCACGACGGCUCGCAGCGCCUGGUGCGGCGCUUCCAGGGCGUAGAGGCGCCUGUCAACGUGGUCUCGCACAUGAACCAGACCGUGCUCGAGAUACUCAACGAUGCCAUCCUGGGCGUGCGGGCGGAAGACACGGCGCGCCCCCGGGCGGACGGCAGCUCGCCCUUCAGGAACGCCAAGGUGCUGGUGCCGCACCGCAUAGCGCACCCCUGGCUCAUGCUGGACUGGGUGUACCGCCGGACCGCCGCCGCCAGGAGCGAGGACAGCCACCGGGCCAGCCUCGGGGACUUCGCGCGGGAGAUAAUCCGUAAGAGAAAAGAAGAGCGGGAGGCUGUUAACAAUAAAUCCAACAACAACAUGCAAAAAGAAGUCCAGAAAACCAGGUUCUCGCUCCUGGACAGGAUGCUGGACAUCUCGGACAACAACCCCGACUUUGACGAGGAGGCCAUCGUGGAUGAAGUCUGCACUUUCAUGCUCGCGGGGCAGGAGUCGGUGGCGACGGCCAUGUCCUUCUGCGUGUUCCUGCUGGCGCAGCACCAGGACGCGCUGCGGCGCGUGGAGGAGGAGGUCCUGGGACUGCCGGACCGCGCGCCCUCGCUGCAGGACCUGCAGGACAUGCGCUACCUCGAGCAGUGUAUCAAGGAGGCGCUCCGGCUGUACCCCAGCAUCCCCAUCCUGGGCCGCAAGCUCGCGGAGGACGUCUGCAUGGGAAAGCACACACUCCCAGCCGGCUGUGGCGUUUUCAUAUGCCCUUUCGCCACUCACAGAAUAGCGGAAAUAUUUCCCGACCCAGAGAAGUUCGACCCUGACCGUUUUCUGCCGGAAAACGUCCAGAAAAUGCACCCUUAUGCGUACACGGCUUUUUCUGCGGGUCCGAGAAACUGCAUAGGCAAGACGUUCGCCCUGCUGGAGAUGAAGACGCUGCUGUCGGCGCUGGUGCGGCGCUACGAGAUCCUGCCGGCGCCGGGCAAGGACCGCGUCGACCUGGCGUACCGCGUCACCCUGAGGGCGCGCGGCGGCCUCUGGGUGCAGUUCCGCCCCCGCCGGCCGGCGUGACGUCACUCGUCGUUCGUCCCGAAACCGCCGGGUCCGGGAAUUCCCCUGCUUGCUUCGCCGCCGUGCAGCGUUGGAAAAAAAUUCUCACCUUCAAUUCCACGAAUGAACGCUUGGUUACAAACGGGUCGUUACCACAACUCCGAAAUACCACAACGCCGAACGUACAAUAACGCCGAGUGCCAAAAUGACCGCAACGCCGACAGCUAGAAAACUGCUGUGUACCACAACGCUGAAAUACAGUAACGCCGAAAAAUGUUGCCGCGGGGAGGGGGGGGGGGGGGCACAGGAGCAAAAUGAAAAACAACUGAAUGAAUGUGUGUGUUUCUUAAAUGUAUCUUAACGCCGAAAUACCACAACCUAACCUAACCUAGGCUAGCCUAACCUAACCUAACCUAGGCUAGCCUAACCUAGCCUAACCUAACCUAACCUAACCUAACCUAACCUAACCUAACCUAACCUAACCUAACCUUACCUAACCUAACCUUUGUGACAGUCCUGCAAUUACAUUUUUAGGCGUUAAUGU